AUGAUCAAAGCGUCUUUGUACACUUUCUCCCUUUUGUGCCUCCCUCUCGUUGGUGCCCAGUAUGGAGGAGGAGGUUCUAGCACCACUACUACGGCCACUACGAGCUCAACUGCGAGCUCAACUGCGAGUGGUUCAGCUUCUGCCACUCAAUCAGUUAAUGUUGGUCAAAAUGGCUUUACCUAUACUCCUGACACUAUCCACGUUCCUAAGGGGGGCGUAGUCGAGUUCCAUUUCUAUCCAGGCGAUCACUCAGUUGUCGAGGCCGCUUUUAAUAACCCAUGCCAUCCUCUGAGCGAUACUAGCUUCUUCAGUGGAUUUAUGGCAAAUGCUAAUAACGGAAAGCCUGUCUGGUCGUUGACUGUUAAUGAUACAAAUCCGAUCUGGUUCUACUGCGGCCAAGUUGGACAUUGUGCAGCUGGCAUGGUUGGUGUGAUUAAUCCGUCUGGCUCAGACACGCUGAAUGCAUUCAAAUCGGCAGCUUCUAAUGCAAAUGGUCAGAGUGUACCAGCCACGGUCCAAGGUGGUAUUCUCGGUACGCCGAGUGCUAGUCAGACAAGCACGGCCUCUAGCAGCACGGCCUCUAGCAGCACGGCCUCUAGCAGCACGUCUGCUACAAGCGGGACACAGACCACCACAGGUGGCUCUAGCCCUAGCGCCACAAAUACGGCAGCAAAUUUGCACGUUUCAAUUGAUCUCAGUGUAUUGUCCAUCCUUACCUUGACAAUGGCUAUGAUCCUCAUGUAG